AUGUGUGUUGACGUCGAGCGGCAAAGAACCAGCUCCGACGCACUCUCCGAAGCACAGGAUAAAAUUAUAUUAUCACUGGAGAGGACUGGAGAGGGCUUGAGCGGAAGAAGAGAGAAGGAGGAGGAGGAGGAGGAGGAGCAGGAGAGUGUAUGGGCGUUCCCGACGAUUGCCAAGACCAGAGCAGAACCUCCAGACGAAACCCAGAAAAGUUGGGAGGACGCCUGCUUUUAUACUACGGGCCAAUUCCAUGACGCUGUGGUCUUAUCCCCACGCACCCUGCCCCCUUAUGUGGACGGUCACCGCCACCCCCUACAUGACCGCCCGGGGCUGCCCGGUGAUUGGCCUCUGUCUCACCCCGGGGCUGCUGGAACACCCACUUUCCCAGGCGGCGAUGCGCUCUUUGACUCUGGUCUAUCCUUGGUACGCCUCCACGUGGAUCUGGCCAAUUAG